CGCGGAGCUGUUCCAAAGCGCCUGUCACGUUGUUACCCAAGUACGGAGGAGUUAACCUACUGUAACACAUUGAGGCGGCAUGUGAUUGGUGCAUCAGGUGGCUGGACAGGGGCGGCCAAGAAGUGGGAGCAAUGCUGCGGCUGCGUGCGCCUGCAGCCAGCUCCCCUCCAUCCACCGAGCUCUCCAACAGGACAUCCACCCACUCCACCAUCCACCUGGCUAAGGAAAACCACAAACAUGGCCGUCGGGGCCGUCAACGGGCGGCACGCCGCCGACGAAGAGGCCCGGGCCGAGGUCGACGUGCUCAACUCGCGCCUCGAAAAGACGACGCAGUUGACCAAGAAGAUCCAGGCCUGUCUCGGCCGGCUCGAGUCCACGGGGAAGAGUGUGCGGGACGUCGCAGGACCCCUCAAUGGAGAGACCAAGAAGCUGCAGAUUCUCGGCAACAACAUCGAAGCCGUGCUUGCAGCCAUCGAGCGCCUGCGCCAGCCGGCCGACAGCAAGAAUGACGAAGAACAGAUCAUACGGAUGGGCCCAGACAAGGCCGGUCUGCCCAACUAUCUCGCGUCCAUCAAGCGCCUGAACAGGGCGCUCGCCGAGAUGAAAGCCUCGAACCUUCGGGCCACCCAACAGACGGUCGCCGAGCUGGAGCGCCUGAUCAAGCUCGGUAACACACAGCUGGAGAGCUCCUUUGACAAACUGCUUCGGAACGAGACGCCUCGGGCAAUUGAGCCGCUACACUUUCUUACGAAAAACAAGCCAUUUCCGGUGCUGUCCCAAGACAAGUUUGCCAGGCUGGGCCUGAUGAACUCGUAUGUUGCCAGCGUGCACCGCCAGAGCAGCGGCGGCGGAGCGCCGCAAGACUCGCCAAUCGCCAAGAUCUACAUCGAAAUUCGGUCACAGUACCUUGCCUCAAGCUUAGUAAACCUUGCCACGGCAAGCACCAGCACGGCCAAGAAGAAGAAUGCCGAUGCGAUCUACAGAGCGGGGACGAGCGGGAUAGGGACAUACGCCCAGGCGAUGGAGGGCCUCUUCCUCGCCGAGUACGAGAACAUCUGCAACAUCUUCACAAGGGAGGAUUGGGGACCGGUGUUCGAGGCCACAUGCCAGCCCUCGCUGGUGGAGCUGGGGAGGACGUUGCGGGAACUGAACGGGCAUAUCAAGUCCCACAUGUCUACCGACUGCUAUCUGGCUUACGAGAUCGUCGAGAUCAUCUCGGGCCUGUCGAACAACCUGGAACGGCGGACAGGCGAGCUCAAGAGCUCCCUUGCGGCAUCGCUGAAACCGGUUCGGGAGACGGCAAAGUCGUCCUUAUCCGAGCUCCUCGAAGAGACCAAGAAGAGAGUCCACAGUCUACAGACGCUCCCAUCGGACGGCGCACCGGUCCCCAUCGUGUCCGAGACGAUGCAGCGGCUGCAGACAAUGGUAGAAUUCCUCCGACCCAUAUCCAGUAUCAUGAUUUCCCUCGGUGACGGGGGGUGGAAGUCGGCGGCGGCGUCCAGGGGCGGCGUAGGGGACGCCAUCCCUAGCCUGGCGUCCUUCGACAUCGGCGCCGACGGGAAGGAGAUCUUCGCGCACUACUGCACCGACACGAUUGAGGCGCUCAUGAUGGCCUUGGACUCCCGGGCAAGGCUACUGCUACAAAAGAAGCCCGUCAUGGGCGUCUUCCUGGCCAACAGCGUGGCCAUCAUCGACCGCGCCAUCCAAACCUCGGAGCUCGCGCCCUUGCUCGAGUCCCGUCUGGCGGCUCUCGAAACGUGGCGCAAGAAGGCCACCAGCCUGUACACCGAGACGUGUAAGGACGUCAGCGUGCACCUCUUCGACGUGAUCCACACCAGCCGCGGCAUGGGCGGCGGCGGCGGCGGCGGCGGAGGGCGACCGACGUCGGGGCAGGGCGGCGCCGGCGUGGUGGACUCGGCGUCAAUCCUCAAGGGCCUGAGCUCCAAGGACAAGGAGAACAUCAAGGGCAAGUUCGCCGCCUUCAACGCCAGCUUCGACGACAUGGUGCUGCGCCACAAGGCCUACACCAUGGAGCGCGAGGUGCGCCAGCUCUUCGCCAAGGACAUGCAGAACAUGAUCGAGCCGCUGUACAACCGCUUCUGGGACCGGUACCACGAGGUCGACAAGGGCAAGGGCAAGUACGUCAAGUACGACAAGUCGGCCAUCGCGGCCGUUUUCCUCACGCUGUACUAGCCCUGGCUGGCGGUGCUGGCUGGCUGCUGGCCGCUGGGCCCUUGCUGGGCCCUUGCUGGUGCCGGCAUGGGACAGAGCGUGUGACAGUCCGCCUUCCCCUCUUGCGUCAGCCCGCUGUUC